GUCACUUACAGAAACUCUUGCGCUUGUGGCCUUGAGUUCGGACAGCGGUCAGCUGCUUUGCGAGAUCAUCUGAUCAUCAUCUUUAUCAUCAAACACGUUCAUCGGAGCAACAGAAACAAUCGACAUGGGGAACUGUUACCCAACAGUUGUUCCUUAUGACGACUUUGAUGUCGUUGCUGACAUAAAGGCCAUCCGCAAAGCCUGCAAAGGUUUAGGCACUGAUGAGCAAGCCAUUAUAGAUAUAUUGGCCAAUCGCUGUGCAGCUCAGAGACUGGAAAUCAAACAUGCAUACUUCGAGAAAUAUGAUGAUGAGUUGGAGGAGGUUUUGAAGCGUGAGCUGUCUGGUAAUUUUGAGAAGGCCAUCAUCGCCAUGUUGGAUCCUCCUCAUGUGUUUGCUGUGAAAGAGCUCAGGAAGGCCAUGAAGGGUGCGGGCACAGACGAGGAUGUCCUGGUGGAGAUACUGUGCACUUCCACCAAUGCUGAGAUUGCCACUUACAAAGAGACCUACACCCAAGUGCAUGACAGGGAUUUGGAGUCAGACAUUGAAGGAGACACCAGUGGGGAUGUGAGGAGACUGCUGACGUUCCUUCUCCAGGGUAACAGAGAUGAGAGCUACGAUGUGGACGAAACAUUGGCAGAGCAAGACGCCAUCUCAAUGUUUGAAGCUGGAGAGGGCUGUUUUGGCACAGAUGAGUCCACCUUCAGCUUCAUUCUGGCCACCAGGAACUACAUGCAACUGCAGGCCACAUUCAAAGCCUAUGAAGCUAUUUCUGGUACAGAAAUUUUGGAUGCAAUUGAUAAGGAAACCUCUGGAACCCUGAAGGACUGCUACACCACACUUGUGCGAUGUGCUAAGAACCCUCAGCUGUUCUUCGCUCGGAGGCUGAACGCUGCUAUGAAAGGUGCCGGCACUGACGAAGACACUCUCAUCCGCAUCAUUGUGUGUCGCUCCGAGAUUGAUCUGGAGACCAUUAAAGACAUGUACCUGGAGAAAUAUGACGUGUCUCUGAAAGACGCCAUCAACUCAGAAUGCGGUGGAGAUUUCAAGCGCCUCCUGCUGGCCAUCCUACACUGAGAGAUACACCACUAGACCCCUAUAGUGCUCACAGUGGAUCAAGGGUUCUUUUAUUAUAGUCACAAACAAGGCAAACUAACAUGACUUACAUCCUGUCCUGUUGUAUGCAAACACUUAAAAGUCUACAUGAAAUGGCAUUCGCAACCCAUUUUACUAAUGCAGUGUGAUGUAUUUCUGAGUGAAACAGGACACUAAAUGAGAAAUAUUGGGUGAAAUUAAUUGAAUUGAAAAGUGGACAUUAUCAGAAUGGAGCUGUGCAGUUGGAGGGGAGGGGUUAAAAAAAAGAGGGCUUGGUGAUGUCAGUCAAAAAGGAAAGUCGCUUUAGAUGAAGCAGCAGAGAACUUUAAUACAUUUUGAUGAAAGAUAUGAAGACAAUUUUUUUUUCUCUUUGAAAUAAUGUUCACUGAUAAAUCAUGUUCAGUAAGACCAGGAACAUGUAUUAGGAAAGUAAACAGGGUGAUUUCUGAUUUCAUGUUGACUUAACGGUGUAGCUACAAAAUCCAUUAUUCUUGUCCAGUAUUCUUGUUUUUAUUUCACUAUUGUAUUAUGUAUUAUGUAGAUGCAUAACACCGCUCAUGUUUCAAAAGCAGCUGUCCUCACAAACAUGAAUAUGCAUCUAUAUCCUGUAAACAGUUUCUUUGACAUUCCUUAUUCUAGAGGCAAAAUGGGCCAGUUGAAGUGGUGUCUUGUGGUUCUGGAUUACAAAAUAGCAUUGUUACGUUAUGUUGUCUUCAUGAGAUGAACUGAAGAUUGAACAUAGAUUUAGUAAGACCUGCAUUUUUAUUUUUUUGCCCAACAGCAGUCAUGAGUUGUCCUGCUAGUAUUUCGCCACACCAGAACCUCAGAGUUAAAAGGUAUACUACAAAGGAUUUCCUGAAAGAAAGAAAGAAAAAAUUAAUCAGAAGUGAACAAAAUACCAUUAUUAACCCAGUACAUAAAACAAUCUGUGUUCAAAAGCAUGUUCUUACUAUACCCGAGUCACUAUGACAAGGCUACAAUACGGAUUUUACAUUCAGAGCUUUCAGGUGCGAUUUGACGGGAAAUUUUAGGCUUCCUUUAUGGCUAUUCUUGUGUUAACGUCAUGUCCGUAAACAAAGAAGAUACGUUUUGUUUAGUAUGGCACAUGUGUGAGCGCUGGGUAAAAGGAGGGAAAUAGAGUAUAGAAGGGUGGGGGUGUGGGGCAGUGGUUGUAGCUGGUUGCUACAGUAAAUGGGGUAGAUGCAUAUGACUUGAAACUAGUUAGCUAGCUAGCUAGCUAGCACUGAACAUGGAUAGUUCUAAACAGCAAUCCUUGUUGACCUCUGGGUAAUCACCUGUGGUCAAGCCCAAGAAACAUUUAACUGUGGAGAUCCUGCAGGCAAAAAGAGAAAGUGACAGAGUGCAGGCUAAAACAAGAAUAAAUAUUGGCUUGGCUUUUCAAAAGUGCCGACAACUCAAGAGAUCUGAAGAGAUUUAAGAUUGACCCAGAGAUUACUUUUUUUUUCUUGCUGGACAGGUAAGAUAUUUCAGUGGGAUGAUAGUUAGCUAGGUAGCUAGCUAACAAAAGCAUGCUAGUCAGUGAGAAAUUCCUUCGCUCAUAGCUAUCUAGGAUAGUUAGCUACCUAGCCAGUUGUGUGUAUAACUUUCUUCUUACUAUCAGCUAGUCAGAUCUGCUCUGAUAUGGUAAUCACAGACCAAAAUUACCUCAAACCAUCAGUUUCAUUCACGUGGAGGAGCAGUGCACAACUGACGCUAUAAAAACAGUUCGUUCUUAAGUAACUUGUAAUCGUAUGUUUGAACCACAGAAGGCGAUAAAGAGCCCAUGAUUCUGUUGCGUACCUUUAUCUGACGGGACCAAAAUGUCAGUUCUAUAUGCAUGAGAAAGUGAAAUCUGAAUACGUGUGAAUGACUUCAUGAAGCAUGUGAAGAGACACUAAACUGCAACAUGUAUUGCCUAUUUUUAGAAAGACUUCUAGGCAGCUGAUAUCUGUGGUGAAAACAUCAGCAGUAUUCUGAAUUGACAGUUUCACUCACCCGGUCUGUAAUGUUGUUGUUACUAACACAGCAUUAUAUUUAUAUUAUUUGCAUGAUAUAUUUUAGUGUACUUGCCGUAUAUAUUAAUAUAAGAGAAUGGUCUACAACCAAGGUAUUUGAUACUAAAAUACAGAAUUUAAGAUAACAGUUAGCACAAGCAACAUUGUUCUCUUCACAAAAUGUACUUUAUUACCAAAGUUUUUAAUAUAUUUGGAUAGUUUUGAUUCAUGAAUUAUAAUUUGUUGACUAAACUGUUAUUGCAGCAUAGACGUACAGAACAAGAACAUUGUGCAAAAAUCACAAAACUGCUUAUUUGAGUGAAUGUGGACUCUGGAGUUUGGACCAGUAUUUUCUUCUGUAUUAACAAAAAAAGUAGUAUUCUAGAUUUAACUGAAUAAAAUAAAGUAGUACAAAAUUA